AGAGUCCCGCCGCGCGGGGCUGAGGCGGGCGGGCGCGGGGCCCCAGCGGGUGCGGCGAGAGCAGCGGGGGACGCAGCGCCGCUGCGGUCGCCCAGCGGAAAAUUUCAAAAAUGUUUCAAAUUCCCGUGGAGAAUCUUGACAACAUCAGGAAGGUACGGAAAAAGGUGAAAAGUAUUCUUGUGGAUAUUGGGCUUGACACCUGCAAGGAGUUGCUGAAGGACCUUAAAGGCUUUGAUCCAGGAGAGAAGUACUUUUAUAACACAUCAUGGGGAGAUAUUUCUCUCUGGGAACCUUCUGGAAAGAAAGUGAGAUAUCGAACAAAACCAUACUGUUGUAGCCUCUGUAAAUACUCCACAAAAGUGCUUACUUCAUUCAAAAAUCAUUUACAUCGUUACCAUGAAGAUGAAAUUGACCAAGAGCUGGUGAUCCCUUGUCCAAACUGUGUGUUUUCCUCUCAACCCAGAGUUGUGGGAAGGCACUUCAGAAUGUUUCAUGCACCUGCUCGGAAAGUCCAGAACUACACUGUGAAUAUUUUAGGUGACACUAAGUCAUCUAGGAGCGAUGUGAUAAGUUUUACGUGUUUAAAAUGUAACUUUUCAAACACUCUGUACUACAGCAUGAAGAAGCAUGUGCUCGUAGCCCAUUUUCACCACUUAAUUAAUUCCUACUUUGGCCUGAAAACUGAGGAGACGGGUGAGCCACCAAGGGCUGACGACCCCCGUUCUACAGAGAAGAUGCCCCUAUCCGACAGGUAUUACUGUAAAAAGUGCAAUGCCAAUGCCAGCAGCCAGGAUGCUUUAAUGUACCACAUCUUGACGUCGGAUAUACACAGGGAUUUGGAGAAUAAGCUUAGGUCUGUGAUCUCAGAACAUAUUAAGAAGACUGGACUUUUGAAGCAAAUGCAUAUUGCUCCAAAACCAGCUGCCCGUGUGGCUGUACCACCCAACAGCAGUGCUCCGGGCAUCCCAGCCGCAUCUCCUUGCUUCCACCUUGCCUUGCCACAGAACAGUCAGGGCCAGACUGUGGUACAGCCAGUUCAGGGUGCACCCCCUCCGGUGACUGUGGCCUCGGGUGCUUCUGGAAGCCUCACCCACUCGCCGCCUGCGGUCGCCCAGUCUCACGUGACUCUGGUCUCCAGUCCUCUGCAGGUGGGCCAGGGCAGCCUCCCUCUGCCGCCCGCAGCGCCUCCGCCUGUCUUUCUCUCUCGUGGAGUUCCGCUGAAUCAGGCAGCAAAGCCUCCCGUGCUUCCCUUGACUCAGCCAGUGCGACCUGUAAAUACGUCUGUCGGAGCCGGUGUCCUCCCCAUAAACCAGACCAUCCGCCCGGGGCUUUUGCCCCUCAACCAGCCUGUUGGACCCAUAAGCAGACCAGUUGGGCCUGGAGUUCUUUCGGUAAAUAGACCUGUUGCGUCUGGUGUCCUUCCUGUCAACCCCUCUGUCACCCCUGGAGUUCUUCAGGCGGUCUCGCCAGGGGUGAUUUCUGUGAGUCGGACAGUCCCGUCAGGGGUCCUUCCUGCGGGACAGAUGACCCCUGCUGGGGUUAUCCCUUCAGGACAGACAGCAACUUCCGGGGUUCUCCCUGCUGGCCAGGUGGUUCAGUCAGGGGUGCUCCCCGUUGGCCAGACGGCCCCGUCGGGGGUGCUCCCCACGGGGCUGACGGUCCCGCCGCGGGUGCUCCCUCCCGGCCAGACGGUCCCACUGAGGGUUCUCCCUGCAGGCCAGGUGGUCCCACCUGGGCUCCUUCCUCCCAACCAGACGGUCUCGUCAGGGGUUCUCCCUGUGAACCAGGGCAUGAACUCUGGUGUUCUUCAGCUCAGCCAGCCUGUCGUGUCAGGGGUCCUCCCUGUGGGCCAGCCGGUGAGGCCGGGGGUCCUGCAGCUUAAUCAGUCCGUGAGUACCAACAUCCUGCCUGCACAUCAGCCCAUUAGACCCGGGGCUUCGCCAAACACCGCUUUCCUAACGUCAGGCUCUAUUCUCAGACAGCUGAUACCCACGGGGAAACAAGUGAAUGGGAUCCCCACAUACACACUUGCCCCAGUAUCUGUCACUUUGCCUGUGCCUCCUGGAAGUGUCGCCACUGUUGCCCCCCCGCAGAUGCCCAUCCAGCUCCUGCAGUCGGGCACGGCUGCACAGAUGGCCAGCUCCAUGGCCAGCCUGCCCUCCCCACCAGUGGUGGUAAAUGCCACUCAGAGUAUGUUUGUUCAGCCUUCUUCGUCUGUGGCAGAGGCAAAUCAGGUGCUCAGACAGGCAAAGCAGUGGAAAACCUGUCCAGUUUGCAACGAGCUCUUCCCUUCCAAUGUCUACCAGGUCCACAUGGAAGUGGCACAUAAGCACAGCGAAUCCAAAUCCGCCGAAACCCUGGAGCCGGAAAAGCUGGCGGCAUGUGCACCGUUUCUAAAGUGGAUGAGAGAGAAAACAGUUCGGUGUUUGUCCUGUAAGUGCUUAGUCUCUGAGGAGGAGCUUAUCCGCCACUUACUGGUGCACGGCCUGGGGUGCGUGUUCUGCCCGUGCACUUUCCACGAUAUUAAAGGCCUCUCAGAGCAUAGUAGGGCUAUGCACCUCGGGAAGAGGAGACUGCCCGGGGACUAUAGUGACAAAGGAUUUCAGCUGGAUGUUGAUGCCAAUGGCAGCCUGCUGUUUCCCCACCUUGACUUCAUCACCAUCUUGCCCAGGGAGGAGCUGGGUGAGCGGGAGGUCUACUUGGCCGUCCUGGCUGGGAUACACUCCAAGUCGCUGGUGCCCGUGUACAUCAAAGUGAGGCCGCAGACCGAGGGUGCGCCCGGGAGGCCUGGCAGCCAGGCGCUGACCUGCCCCUUUUGCUUCGGCACCUUUGUGACGGCCGAGGCGUACGAGCUGCAUCUGAAGGAGCGGCACCACAUCAUGCCAACAGUCCACACGAUUUUGAAAUCUCCGGCUUUCAAGUGCAUCCACUGCUGUGGGGUUUACACGGGCAACAUGACUCUGGCAGCCAUUGCCAUACAUCUGCUGCGCUGCCGCAGUGCUCCAAAGGACAGCAGCUCGGGCCUGCAGGUCCAGCCUAAUUUUAUUGACAACAGUGAACUGCUUUUAGUCAACGGUGAGGUGAUACACGACUCCAGUUUUUCUGUAAAGAGGAAGAUGCCUGAUGGCCAGUUUGGGGCUGAAGAGCAGAGGGACGGCGCGGAGCGGCCUCUCGUCACGAACGCUGACACAGAGCCGUCCCCGGAGAAGGCGAGCGCCGUGCCUUCUAAGAGACAGAGGAACGAAGGCAGGACGGAGGCGCCCCUUGUGCACGACGACGCUCUCCAGGUUUUAGCGUUAAAUCCCAAAAGAUUCGAAGACCGUUCUUACGAAGAAAAAAAGCAGUUUCUUAGGGAUUAUUUCCACAAGAGACCAUAUCCCAGUAAAAAGGAAAUAGAACUGUUAUCCUCACUCUUAUGGGUGUGGAAAAUUGACGUGGCUUCAUUUUUUGGAAAAAGAAGGAAAUUUCAGCUUGUUUCAGAAUACUUGAUUAACUGCGAAUUAAAACUGCUCUCCCUCAGCUUCACAAGUAGCAGCAGAUGAUACAGUAAAUGUUUAGAGAAGUGAGUAGAAGCCCCUGUGACAUGUCUGGUUCCUUAAGGAUGCACUGCAUUAACUUAUGCUGAUUUCUUCUUGUAAGGUAUUUGCUUAUUAGAUUAUACUUUUGAUUUACGUUUUUUCAGGUUUGUCCUAAUAGCUGUUUUUGACUGUAACUCAGAAAACCAAAUGUUUUCAUUUGUUAAAAAUAUACUGAACCUGAAGUCUGGUAUUAAAGCUCAUAAGUCAAGAGUUAUUUUGCAAAUAAAGUAAUUCUGUAGGUACAAAAAUACUUCUCAGUGUAGACUUUUCCCCUCUUUUUGAUACGCUGAUAAGUCUUUUCUCCACUCAAAGAUAUGACAAUAAAUCUUUAGUGCCUUUAGAACAAACACUGAACACACACACACAAGCUCUCCUCCUAACCUAACUGUUCAUAAACCAGUGAAAGGGAAGGACUGUGUUGUUACUCAGGAAUAAAAUGUUGGCCCCUGGGUGUGGCUACUAAUUGAAAUUUAAACACAGGUUUUCAGGGGUCAAGGUGAAAUGAGUAGACCGGAGCGAGGCUCCUGGUUGGUGUAUUAAAUCUCUUGACAGUUUCCUAGAGGUAAAUGUAUUCAUUUUGGGGAAAUGGGCUUUCCCAUAGCCUAGUUGUCCAGGUUAGUGGGUUGGGGUAUUGCCAAGGAGCUCAAGUGUAUUACUCUCCUUUGGACAGCUAAGCCUCGGUUUUUUCACACAAUAUAAAAUAACUUAAAGCACCAGAAGCAGUAAUGGAGACCAUCCAGUUUAGACCUUAAGUCAUAGUGCUGGUGAUACACAGCAGAGGCACCUGUGCAACAUACUCAGAAGAUAAGACAGUCUCUGGGAAAUAAGAUAAUGUUACCGUACGGAUUUUUAAAAUAUAAUAGCUGCAUGUCAUUGCUAUAAUGUGCAUUUUUGAGGCAGUCGUGAAACUGGUGUGUGAUUGUUGGUGUGCUCUGUUGUAAAUUCAAAGAGCUUGUUCAAGUUUUUUUUUUUUUUUUACCUAUUGUUUUC